AUGAACGGUUACGGAUCCCCGUACCUGUACAUGGGGGCCCCGGUGUCGCAGCCCCGCGCCCCGCUCCAGAGGACGCCCAAGUGCGCCCGGUGCCGGAACCACGGCGUCCUGUCGUGGCUGAAGGGACACAAGCGCUACUGCCGCUUCAAGGAUUGCACCUGCGAGAAGUGCAUCCUCAUCAUCGAGCGGCAGCGCGUCAUGGCGGCGCAGGUGGCGCUGCGCCGCCAGCAGGCCAACGAGAGCCUGGAGAGCCUCAUCCCGGAGUCCCUCAGGGUGCUGCCGGGCAUCGGCAUGAGCGGGGCCGGCGACGGGAGCCAGGGAGCCCCGCCGGCGAGGAGCGAGGAUCUGGAGCUGAGGUGGAGCGGCGCGGAGCCUCCGCAAACACGCACAGGUAACCAGCAGCAGAAAACCCGCAAAUUUGAAUUUAAAUGUUACGAGGCGUCGGGAGGUGAGAACACCGGCAGCUCCAGUGAGAAGGAACCGGACCCGGCCAGCUCCCCGGAGGGAUCCAAGCCCAGCAGCUCCUGCUACACCCCGGAGCCGCCGGAGGCCGCCGCGCAGCCCGACGACACCCGCUACAGCCUCCCCAAAGUCGGCGGCGCCGACAAGGAGGCCAAGGCCGAGAGUCCGCAGCGACACCCGUCCGCUUCCGGGGAGCCGAACCUGCUGAUCGAGGGCCUGUCCGGGUCCAUCAGCCUGCCGCUCAGCCUGCGGGCCAACCGGCCCCCGCUGGAGGUCCUCAAGAAGAUCUUCCCCACGCACAAGCCGCCGGUGCUGGAGCUCAUCCUGCGGGGCUGCGGCGGGGAUCUGGUCGGAGCCAUCGAGGUGCUGCUGUCCAGCCGGAACCCGGACGGGAACGCUCACCCUCACGCGGAGCCCCACCCGGUAUCGGACGGCCUGGUUCUGCCGCAGAACGGACACCUGUUCGAGCACGCGUUGGGCUCCUACCACCCGGUGUCCUCCUCCGCCAAGUGGUCCGUGGGCUCCGCCUUCCGGGUCCCGGAGUCCCUGCGGUUCGGCUCGGACUCUGCGUCGGGCGCGCUGGGUGUCCCGCUGCAGCACCCGUCCUUCCCGCAGCCCGCGCGCUACCCGCUCAUGCUGCGCAGCUCGCUCACGCGCAGCCAGAGCGGCCCGUUCGUGCACAACGACGUGACCCUGUGGAACACCGUGGCGCUGCAGCAGCAGUACCAGCUGCGCUCCGCCGCGCAGUACGUCUCCCCCUUCGGUCCGGCGGCGCCCGCGGGCGCCAGCGCCUCUGUGUUCCGCGGCUCCCCGAUCAUCCCGUCCAGAGCCGCCGAGGAGCCGCGCAUCAGCAUCCAGGAGGAGAGCUGCACGCUGGGGCCCAAGGCGGGCCUCUACUCCCCGGAGGAGGACUACGAAGAGCGCUCCGACUCCGCAGACUCCCGCAUCCUGAACGCAUCCACCUGAGGCUUUGACCCGCGCCGAUGUGAACGGACGCAGAAAUGUUUCUGUUGUUUAAACCGUUUG